AUGAGUUCCUCCUUCGUGCCGAACGGGGCCAGCCUGGAAGAUUGUCACUGUAACCUCUUCUGCCUGGCUGACUUGACAGGAAUUAAAUGGAAAAGAUAUGUAUGGCAAGGCCCAACUUCUGCCCCUAUUCUGUUUCCGGUGACAGAGGAAGACCCCAUUUUGAGCAGCUUUAGUCGCUGCCUUAAGGCAGAUGUACUUGGUGUUUGGCGUCGAGAUCAAAGACCUGGAAGAAGAGAAUUGUGGAUAUUUUGGUGGGGUGAAGAUCCUAAUUUCGCUGACCUUAUUCACCAUGACUUAUCAGAAGAGGAAGAUGGAGUUUGGGAGAAUGGACUUUCUUAUGAGUGCCGUACUCUGCUUUUCAAAGCAAUUCACAAUCUUCUGGAACGGUGUUUAAUGAAUCGGAACUUUGUACGCAUUGGCAAGUGGUUUGUAAAGCCUUAUGAAAAAGAUGAAAAGCCUAUAAAUAAAAGUGAACACUUGUCCUGCUCUUUCACCUUUUUCUUGCAUGGAGAUAGCAAUGUUUGUACCAGUGUGGAAAUUAACCAACAUCAACCUGUGUACCUUCUUAGUGAAGAGCAUAUCACCCUUGCUCAGCAGUCUAAUAGCCCAUUUCAAGUUAUCUUAAGCCCAUUUGGACUAAAUGGCACUCUCACAGGACAGGCAUUCAAGAUGUCUGAUUCAGCUACAAAAAAGUUAAUUGGUGAAUGGAAACAAUUCUAUCCUAUCUCAUCUUGCUUGAAGGAGAUGUCUGAAGAUAAACAGGAAGAUAUGGAUUGGGAAGAUGAUUCUUUAGCUGCAGUAGAAGUUCUUGUUGCGGGUGUCCGAAUGAUCUACCCAGCAUGUUUUGUUUUAGUUCCUCAGUCAGACAUUCCUGCUCCAAGCUCAGUGGGAUCCUCUCACUGUUCAACUUCUUGCAUGGGUGUCCACCAAGUGCCUGCUUCCACAAGAGAUCCUGCAAUGUCUUCGGUUACUCUUACACCACCUACAUCUCCUGAGGAAGUCCAGACAGUUGAUCCUCAGUCUGCCCAGAAGUGGGUCAAAUUUCCCUCAGUAUCUGAUGGCUUCAACUCGGAUAGUACUAGCCAUCAUGGUGGGAAAAUACCCAGAAAAUUAGCCAAUCAUGUGGUGGAUAGAGUUUGGCAAGAAUGCAAUAUGAACAGAGCUCAGAACAAGAGGAAGUAUUCAGCUUCAUCAGCUGGUCUGUGUGAAGAAGACACAGCUGAUAAAGUAACAUCCUGGGAUUUUGUUGAAGCCACACAAAGAACAAAUUGCUGCUGUUCGAGGCACAAAAAUCUUAAACUAAGAAAUUCUGGACAGCAAGGACAGGCAUUAUCUUUAAGUCAACAACAACAAGUACUUGCCAAGCACAAGACCAAUGAAAAGCAAGAAAAGAGUGAAAAACCACAGAAACGCCCCCUGACUCCUUUUCACCAUCGGGUAUCUAUUAGUGAUGAUGUUGUCAUGGACACAGAUUCAGCCAGCCAAAGACUUGUGAUAUCUGCUCCAGACAGUCAAGUGAGAUUUUCAAACAUCCGAACUAAUGAUGUAGCAAAGACUUCUCAGAUGCAUGGCCCUGAAAUGGCAAAUUCACCUCAACCGCCCCCACUUAGUCCCCACCCAUGUGAUGUGGCUGAUGAAGGAGUGACUAAAACACCUUCAACUCCUCAAAGUCAACAUUUUUAUCAAAUGCCAACACCGGAUCCCUUGGUUCCUUCUAAACUAAUGGAAGAUAGGAUAGACAGUUUAUCCCAGGCUUUCCCAGCUCAAUUCCAGGAAGCUGUAGAACCUACAAUGUAUGUUGGUGCAGCAGUAAAUUUGGAAGAAGAUGAAGCUAAUAUAGUCUGGAAGUAUUACAAGGUCCCAAAGAAAAAAGAUGUAGAGUUUUUACCACCUCAACUUCCAAGUGAUAAAUUCAAGGAUGAUCCAGUUGGACCUUUUGGACAGGAAAGUGUAACAUCAGUUACAGAGUUAAUGGUGCAAUGUAAGAAACCUUUAAAAGUUUCUGAUGAAUUAGUACAGCGAUAUCAAAUUAAAAAUCAGUAUCUUACAGCAAUAGUAUCUGAUGCAGAAAAAGAACCUAAAAUUGAUCCAUAUGCAUUUGUUGAAGGAGAUGAGGAAUUCCUUUUUCCUGAUAAGAAAGAUAGACAAAAUAAUGAGAGAGAAGCUGGGAAAAAACAAAAGGUAGAAGAUGGGUCAUCUAGUGUAACAGUGUUAUCACAUGAAGAAGAUGCUAUGUCAUUAUUUAGUCCUUCUAUCAAGCAAGAUGCUCUACGUCCUACUAGUCAUGCUCGUCCUCCUUCAACCAGUUUAAUUUAUGACUCAGACCUGGCUGUCUCAUAUACUGACCUCGAUAAUCUCUUCAAUUCUGAUGAAGAUGAACUAACACCUGGAUCUAAAAAAUUGGCAAAUGGAUCAGAUGAUAAAUCCAACUGCAAGGAAUCAAAGACAGGAAAUCUGGACCCGUUAUCUUGCAUAAGCACUGCAGAUCUUCAUAAAAUGUAUCCUACACCACCGUCAUUGGAGCAACAUAUAAUGGGAUUUUCCCCAAUGAAUAUGAAUAAUAAAGAAUAUGGUAUUAUGGAUACAACACCUGGAGGAACUGUUGUAGAAGGAAAUAGUUGUAGUACUGGAGCACAGUUCAAAAUUGAGGUUGAUGAAGGAUUCUGUAGCCCCAAACCUUCUGAAAUUAAAGAUUUUUCUUAUGUCUACAAGCCUGAAAAUUGUCAAGUUCUAGUGGGAUGUUCCAUGUUUGCACCUUUAAAAACUCUACCAAGCCAAUGCCUGCCUCCUAUUAAAUUGCCAGAAGAGUGUAUUUACCGUCAGAGUUGGACUGUUGGAAAACUGGAAUUGCUUCCUUCAGGGCCUGCAAUGCCAUUCAUCAAAGACAGUGACGGAAGUACAGUGGAUCAAGAAUAUGGCCCUGCUUAUACACCUCAAACUCAUACUUCUUUUGGAAUGCCUCCUAGCAGCGCACCUCCUAGCAACAGUGGAGCAGGAAUUCUUCCUUCUCCAUCUACCCCUAGGUUUCCAACUCCAAGGACUCCCAGGACUCCCAGGACUCCUCGUGGAGCUGGUGGACCUGCUAGUGCCCAAGGUUCAGUCAAAUAUGAAAAUUCAGACUUGUAUUCACCAGCUUCCACCCCAUCUACAUGCAGACCCCUGAAUUCUGUUGAACCUGCAACUGUUCCUUCCAUCCCAGAGGCACACAGUCUUUAUGUAAACCUCAUUCUUUCAGAAUCAGUUAUGAAUUUGUUUAGAGACUGUAACUUUGAUAGUUGCUGUAUCUGUGUCUGCAACAUGAAUAUCAAGGGUGCCGAUGUUGGAGUUUACAUUCCAGAUCCAACGCAGGAAGCACAGUAUAGGUGUACCUGUGGCUUCAGUGCUGUCAUGAACAGAAAAUUUGGAAACAAUUCAGGAUUAUUUCUUGAAGAUGAACUAGAUAUCAUAGGACGCAACACAGAAUGUGGCAAAGAAGCAGAAAAACGUUUUGAAGCUCUCAGGACUACUGAACAUGUCAAUGGAGGACUAAAGGAAUCUGAAAAAUUGCCUGAUGAGUUGAUAUUAUUGUUACAAGAUCAGUGCACUAAUUUAUUUUCACCCUUUGGAGCAGCAGACAAAGAUCCUUUUCCUAAAAUUGGUGUAGUUAGCAAUUGGGUACGUGUUGAAGAGCGGGACUAUUGCAAUGAUUGCUACCUUGCAUUAGAACAUGGGCGUCAGUUCAUGGAUAACAUGUCAGGAGGAAAAGUUGAUGAAGUGCUUGUGAAAAGUUCAUGCCUACACCCCUGGUCCAAAAGAAAUGAUGUGAGUAUGCAGUGCUCACAGGAUAUACUUCGAAUGCUCCUCUCUCUUCACCCUGUCCUUCAGGAUGCUAUUCAGAAAAAAAGAACAGUGAGGCCUUGGGGGGUUCAAGGUCCUCUCACUUGGCAACAGUUUCAUAAGAUGGCUGGCCGAGGCUCUUAUGGAACUGAUGAAUCUCCAGAACCACUGCCAAUCCCCACGUUUUUGUUGAGUUAUGAUUAUGAUUUUCUGGUGCUUUCUCCAUUUGCUCUUCCUUACUGGGAGAGACUUAUGCUGGAACCCUAUGGAUCUCAAAGAGAUAUAGCUUAUGUUGUACUAUGUCCAGAAAAUGAAGCUUUGUUAAAUGGAGCCAAAAGUUUUUUUAGGGAUCUUACUGCAAUAUAUGAGUCCUGUCGAUUAGGUCAACAUAGACCUAUUUCUCGACUGUUGGCAGAUGGGAUCAUGAGAGUUGGAUCUACUGCAUCAAAGAAACUAUCAGAAAAGUUGGUAGCAGAAUGGUUUUCUCAGACAGCUGAUGGUAACAAUGAAGCAUUUUCUAAACUCAAGCUUUAUGCACAAGUCUGCAGAUAUGACCUAGGUCCUUAUCUUGCUUCCCAGCCAUUGGACAGCUCUCUACUUUCCCAGCCAAAUUUAGUUGCCCCUACAAGUCAAUCUUUGAUUACUCCACCUCAGAUGACAAAUACUGGAAAUGCUAAUACUCCAUCUGCCACCCUAGCAUCUGCAGCGAGCAGCACUAUGACAGUGACUUCAGGUGUUACCAUGUCUUCUUCAGUUGCCACAGCUAAUUCAACUUUGACCACAACUUCAACUUCAUCUUCAUCAUCCUCCAACUUGAAUAGUGGAGUAUCAAAUAAACUAGCUUCGUUUCCACCCUUUGGCAGUUUGAACAGUAGUGCUACAGGAUCCAUGUCUACACAAGCGAGUACAGUUCAGAAUGGCCAGCUAGGAGGGCAACAGUCAUCAGCUCUACAAACCGCUGGGAUUUCUGGAGAAUCAUCUUCUCUUCCCCCUCAGCCACAUCCUGAUGUAUCUGAAAGCACGAUGGAUCGGGAUAAAGUGGGUAUCCCCACAGAUGGUGACUCACAUGCAAUCACUUAUCCACCUGCAAUUGUCGUUUAUAUAAUUGAUCCUUUUACAUAUGAAAAUAAAGAUGAGAGCGCUAAUUCUUCUAAUGUAUGGACUUUGGGGCUACUUCGAUGCUUUCUGGAAAUGGUCCAGACUCUUCCUCCUCAUAUUAAGAGUACUGUUUCUGUACAGAUUGUUCCUUGUCAGUACCUGUUGCAACCUGUGAAGCAUGAAGAUAGACAAAUCUAUACCCAGCAUUUAAAAUCCCUAGCUUUUUCGGCCUUUACCCAGUGCCGGCGACCCCUUCCAACAUCAACCAAUGUGAAAACAUUGACUGGGUUUGGACCAGGUUUAGCCAUGGAAAAUGCUCUUAAAAGUCCUGAUAGACCAGAGUGUAUUCGACUUUAUACACCUCCUUUUAUUCUGGCUCCAGUGAAGGAUAAACAGACAGAGCUAGGAGAAACAUUUGGAGAAGCUGGACAGAAAUAUAAUGUUCUUUUCGUGGGGUACUGUUUAUCACAUGAUCAAAGAUGGAUUCUUGCUUCUUGCACAGAUCUAUAUGGAGAACUUUUAGAAACAUGUAUCAUUAACAUCGAUGUUCCAAAUAGGGCUCGUAGGAAAAAAGCAUCUGCUAGAAGAUUUGGUCUACAGAAACUUUGGGAAUGGUGCUUAGGACUUGUACAAAUGAGUUCAUUACCAUGGAGAGUUGUAAUUGGCCGACUAGGAAGGAUUGGUCAUGGAGAAUUAAAAGAUUGGAGCUGUUUGCUGAGUCGUCGAAAUUUGCAGUCUCUAAGUAAAAGACUCAAAGACAUGUGUAGAAUGUGUUGUAUAUCUGCUGCAGACUCUCCCAGCAUUCUCAGUGCUUGCUUGGUAGCAAUGGAACCCCAAGGCUCUUUUGUUAUUAUGCCAGAUUCUGUGUCAACUGGUUCUGUAUUUGGAAGAAGCACCACUCUAAAUAUGCAGACGUCUCAGCUAAAUACCCCACAGGAUACAUCAUGUACUCAUAUACUUGUAUUCCCUACUUCUGCUUCUGUGCAAGUAGCUUCAGCUACUUAUACCACUGAAAAUUUGGACUUAGCUUUCAAUCCUAACAAUGCAGAUGGAAUGGGUCUCUUUGAUUUGUUAGACACAGCAGACGAUCUUGACCCUGAUAUCAUUAAUAUUCUUCCUGCCUCUCCAACGGGGUCUCCUGUACAUUCUCCAGGAUCUCAUUACCCCCAUGGAGGUGAUGCUGGAAAGGGUCAGGGUACUGAUCGGCUACUUUCAACAGAGUCUCAUGAUGAAGUAACUAAUAUUCUUCAGCAACCAUUGGCCCUUGGUUACUUUGUAUCAACUGCCAAAGCGGGUCCGUUACCUGACUGGUUCUGGUCAGCAUGUCCUCAAGCACAAUAUCAGUGUCCCCUUUUUCUUAAGGCCUCUUUGCACCUCCAUGUGCCUUCAGUGCAAUCUGACGAGCUGCUUCACAGUAAAGACUCCCACCCACUUGACUCAAAUCAGACUUCAGAUGUCCUCAGGUUUGUUUUGGAACAGUACAAUGCACUCUCCUGGCUAACCUGUGACCCUGCAAUCCAGGACAGACGCUCAUGUCUCCCAAUUCAUUUUGUGGUGCUGAAUCAGUUAUAUAACUUUAUCAUGAAUAUGCUGUGA